AUGCGGUCUCUAUCACCAGCCCUCGCGUCCCUCGCGAAUGUCUUCCGAAUCCCCAUGUCACUAACCCCGGCCCGCCCGACCGUGUCCCGAGUCUGUCACGAGACUUUGGCCCGCCGGCCAUCACCACAACUCGGCCCGAUCACCGCGGCCGUGCAAUCAGCUCCCUUCUCGUCGACAAGUUCAAUGGCGAAGAGAAAGAGCGGCGGCUCUAAUGUGGACAAGCGAAUUACUCUCAUCCGCUACUUCCUUUAUCAUCCUCUGACUCCCCGUCCUCUCCGUUUCUCCCGCAACCGUUACCUCCGCCACUGGACUAUCCAUCGCGCUUGGCAACUGUUCCAGGCCAAACAGCGCAAGGCCCACGAACUCGAGCUUGAGCGCCAGUACCAGGCCAUGCAGUCUGCCUGUGAGGAGCUGCGCGUCGGUGCCGGCGAUGGCGGCAGACUGUUCCGCAAGUCGAUGAUCAAGCAGGGUAUCUUCACCGACAUGUUCCCUAUUGAGUACGGCCGCAUGCAAACCGAGUACCCCGCCGGCGAGGGCUGGAACCACGACUGGAAGCGCCCUGAGAGAAAAUAA